AUGGGUAAUAAAAGUGAGAUUAUAGAGAAUAAUAAUAAGAAGGAAAAUGGUUCUUUUCGAUCAAUUUUUAUGCAUGCAGAUAGUUACGACGCCGUGUUGAUGAGUUUUGGGAUCUUGGGAGCCAUUGGCGAUGGAAUUUCCAUGCCAGCUAUGCUUUUAAUAACCAGCAAACUCAUGAACAGUUUUGGCGGUGCAAACAAUUCCAUUACACAAAAUUUCACUGAUAACAUCAACAAGAAUGCAGUGGUUUUGUGCUAUAUGGCAUGUGGACAGUGGCUUGCUUGUUUUCUUGAGGGAUAUUGCUGGACAAGAACAGGAGAAAGGCAAGCUUCAAAAUUAAGAACAAGAUAUUUAAAAGCAGUCAUGAGACAAGAUGUAGGAUAUUUUGAUUUGCAUGUUACCAGCACUGCUGAGAUUAUUACAAGUGUCUCUAGCGAUAGUCUUGUCAUUCAAGAUGUCAUUAGUGAAAAGGUACCAGUGUUUGUGAUGAACUUAUCAACUUUCUUUGGUUCCUACAUAGUGGGAUUCAUAUUACUUUGGAGGCUAGCCAUAGUAGGAUUUCCCUUUAUCGUACUUCUCAUCAUCCCAGGUUUAAUGUACGGAAGGGCUCUUAUGAGCAUUGCGAGAAAGAUCAGGGAAGAGUACAGUAAAGCUGAUACGGUAGUGGAACAGGCAAUUUCUUCAGUUCGGACAGUUUAUUCUUUUGUUGGAGAAAGCAAAAUAAUUACAAAAUACUCUGCUGCUCUUCAAGGGACUGUUGAAUUGGGAUUAAAACAGGGUUUGGCUAAAGGAUUAGCCAUUGGAAGUAAUGGUGUGGUUUUUGCAAUUUGGUCCUUCAUGUCUUAUUAUGGGAGCAGAUUGGUCAUGUACCAUGGGGCUCAGGGCGGCACUAUUUUUGCAGUCGGCGCCGCCAUCGCCAUCGGCGGAUUAGCAUUGGGUGCUGGAUUAUCAAACCUGAAGUUCUUCUCCGAAGCAAGUGCAGCUGGGGAAGUCGAAUUCAAACACGUUGAGUUUGCAUACCCCUCAAGGCCCGAAAGCACAAUUUUGAAAGAUUUCAAUCUGAAAAUUCCAGCAGGAAAAACAGUAGCAUUGGUUGGAGGAAGUGGGUCUGGAAAAUCAACGGUAGUUGCCCUUUUGCAGAGAUUUUAUGAUCCUUUAGGAGGUGAAAUUUUGCUUGAUGGUGUCGAAAUUGAUAAAUUGCAAUUGAAAUGGCUGAGAUCACAAAUGGGUUUGGUGAGUCAGGAGCCGGCACUGUUUGCCACUUCUAUAAAAGAGAAUAUACUUUUUGGGAAAGAGGAUGCAUCCAUGGAAGAGGUUAUUGAAGCUGCGAAAGCUUCAAAUGCUCAUAAUUUUAUUUCCCAGUUGCCUCAAGGUUAUGACACACAGGUGGGUGAGAGAGGAGUACAGAUGUCUGGGGGGCAAAAGCAGAGAAUAGCAAUAGCUAGAGCUGUAAUUAAAGCACCAAAAAUUCUCCUGCUUGAUGAGGCCACCAGUGCAUUGGACUCAGAAUCAGAACGAGUGGUCCAAGAAGCACUGGAUAUGGCAGCCAUGGGUCGGACAACCAUCAUCAUAGCCCACCGCCUCUCAACUAUCCGAAAUGCUGACCUCAUUGCAGUGGUGCAAAAUGGUCAGGUCAUGGAGAUGGGCUCACAUGAUGAGCUUAUUGAAGAUGAACAUGGCUUAUACACUUCUCUUGUCCGCCUUCAACAGACUCAGAAAAGCGAAUAUACAAGUGCUAAUAGUAUUAUUGCAUCGGCAUCCAUUGCUAACACUGAUAUUUACAACACGAGCAGUCGAAGAUUAUCAAUUAUGAGUCGGUCCAGUUCAGCUAACUCUGCUGCACCAAGUCGAGGAUUGGAAAUGACAACAGUUUCCAGUGAUCAAGUCGUUGCAGUACCUUCAUUUAAAAGACUACUAGCAAUGAACUUGCCUGAAUGGAGGCAAGCAAUAAUGGGGUGCACAGGUGCAAUAUUAUUUGGUGCAGUUCAGCCAGUGUAUGCAUUUGCAAUGGGAUCGAUGAUCUCUGUGUAUUUCCUACCGGAUCAUAGUGUUAUUAAGGAGAGAACAACAAUAUAUGCCUUGUGUUUUGUUGGGCUAGCUAUUUUCUCACUUUUGAUCAAUAUAUGCCAGCAUUAUAAUUUUGCAGCCAUGGGGGAGCACUUGACAAAGAGAAUCAGAGAGAGAAUGCUGUCAAAAAUGCUCACUUUUGAAAUUGGGUGGUUUGAUCAGGAUGAGAAUGCAACUGGUGCUAUUUGCUCGAGACUGGCCAAAGAUGCCAACGUGGUAAGGUCUUUGGUGGGUGAUCGGAUGGCACUACUCAUCCAAACUUUCUCAGCUGUGACAAUUGCUUGCACCAUGGGUCUGGUUAUUGCAUGGAAGCUCGCAUUGGUAAUGAUAGCCGUGCAACCACUUAUCAUAAUUAGUUACUAUUGCAAGCGUGUCCUCCUGAAAAACAUGUCCAGAAAGGCCAUUAAAGCCCAAGAUGAAAGUAGCAAACUUGCAGCAGAAGCUGUAUCCAAUCUCAGAACUGUGACAGCCUUCUCAUCCCAAGCCCGUAUUCUUGAGAUGCUCGAGAAAGCCCAAGAAGGCCCCCAAAAGGAAAGUAUUCGCCAGUCAUGGUUUGCUGGUAUUGGACUGGGUACCUCCCAGAGCCUAAUGACUUGCACUUGGGCUUUAGAUUUUUGGUAUGGUGGCAAACUUAUUGCAGAAGGCUUCAUUGGAGCAGAAGCAUUAUUCCAAACUUUCAUGAUUUUGGUGAGCACUGGCCGUGUCAUUGCCGAUGCUGGGACUAUGACAAACGAUCUAGCUAAAGGUUCGGAUGCAGUUGGAUCAGUAUUUGCUGUGUUGGAUCGAUAUUCAUUAAUCGAACCUGAAGAUCCGGAAGGCUACAAACCUAAUAAGUUAACUGGCCGUGUCGAACUGCAUGGUGUUGAUUUUGCCUACCCUGCCCGGCCUGAUGUGAUGGUCUUCAUAGGGUUUUCGAUUAACAUGGAGGCAGGAAAAUCGACUGCAUUAGUAGGACAAAGUGGGUCAGGAAAAUCAACUAUUAUAGGCUUGAUAGAAAGAUUUUACGAUCCACUUAAAGGUGUCGUGAAGAUUGAUGGGCGAGAUAUCAGGUCAUAUCACUUAAGAUCGCUAAGGAAGCACAUUGCACUUGUUAGCCAAGAGCCAACAUUAUUUGCUGGUACCAUACGUCAAAAUAUUACCUAUGGUGCAUCCGAAGAUAUUGAUGAAUCAGAAGUCAUUGAGGCAGCUAAGGCAGCAAAUGCUCAUGACUUCAUUGCUGGCCUGAAGGAUGGAUAUGACACGUGGUGUGGUGACAGAGGGCUGCAGCUAUCUGGCGGCCAGAAGCAAAGAAUCGCAAUAGCCCGUGCCAUCUUGAAAGAUCCAGCUAUUUUGUUAUUAGAUGAGGCGACCAGUGCCCUCGACAGUCAGUCGGAGAAAGUGGUGCAAGAUGCACUUGUGCGUGUGAUGGUUGGAAGGACUAGCGUAGUUGUGGCACACAGGCUAAGUACCAUACAGAAUUGCGACGUGAUUGCUGUUUUAGAUAAAGGAAAGGUAGUUGAAAAGGGGAACCACUCUUCCUUAUUGGCUAAAGGGCCAACUGGAGCAUAUUAUUCACUAGUUAGUCUUCAAAGAACGCCCAACAACUCGGAAAUCAACUAA